GAGCGGAGAUCAUCAUACACUGCUGCUAGACUCUCAGUGAAGUAUCUGCCGCCCAACCACACCAUGAAGGCUAUGCUUUCUUUCGCUUUGUUCUGCGUCGCCGUUGCCGUGGCGUCUGCUGGCCUGCACCACGGUGGCCUGGGCCUUGGUCACGGAGGACUCGGCGGAGGAUACGGUCUGGGCGGUGGCCACGGAGGACUAGGCGGAGGAUACGGUCUGGGUGGUGGUCACGGUGGUCUCGGAUACGGUGGCCUUGGGUACGGGGGUCUUGGUGGCGGCUACGGCCUCGGUGGUCUCGGAGGUGGUUUCGGCCAUGGAUACGGUGGCAACUACGGAGGAAGCUACGGUGGAACCUACGGCGGCACCUACGGCGGUAACUACGGUGGACACUACGGAGGACUCGGCGGUGGAUUCUACGGCUAACCUCUUGCUCUGAGCCGUACUGCACUUUACACAGGAGACUCAUCGAGCAAAGUGAUAUGGACCUACGAGAAUUCGACCUAUCCGAACGACUGAGUUUAAAAAAAAUUAAAAAAUAUAUAUAUAUUAAAUUA